CUUUUUGUCUUUCAAAUAAAUUCACUUGGACUUCGAAAUAUUUGUUCCUUCUUAAGGUGCCUUUUUAUGCAGCAAAUUUUUCGCUACGAAUGAUUUUUAGCAAGUAGCGAAUAAUUCGCCGCGAACAGCGAAUGAUCACGUGACCAUCAUUCGCGGCGAUUAUUUCGCUGCAUGAAACGGCACCUUUAUACGAAAAAAGAAAAAGGAUAGAAAAUGAAACAUCAACUGGAUGGAAAGUAGUUUUGAAGCAUUCGCAGCGCUAACUGGACUACAGCCUACGUAGCACUACGUCAUUGGUAAGCCUGGUUCGACCACGCGCCGCCAUUUUCCGCUUCAGUUUUGCGCUGUACAUUCCAGAGACCACGUUGAAAGAACGAAGAAAAAUGUCGUCCGGUGACGAGGCCGAGAUCGCUCUGGCUGAACCAGUCAGACGCACCAGGUCUGGUCGUGCCCGCAAGACAGUGGUGGGCAAGAAAUCACCGGUGAAGAAGCUGCUUGCCAGAGCGACGCGUUCCCCGAGGAAGAUCCACGAGAUCGAGGAGGCAGAGGAGGAAACAUCCACGAUGGAGGAAACAAUGAUGGAAAAUAUACCGGAAAAUGGUGUGCAACGAUUGUCGGAGAUUAUUGUCGAGCAACGCAGUGAAGAAGAUACUCCCAUGUUGCACUUGGAGUUGGAGGAUUCUGAGGAUGCUAAUAUGCAAGAAAUGAACAUGGGCCAGAGCGAGGAGCUGGAGCAAGAUAUGGAGGACAUGGCCAACAUGAGAGCGGAAGGCAUAAUUACAGAAGACAACAGCAUGGACAAAGUGGAAAUGCUGGCUGAGCGCGGAGACAUGGAGAUGGAGGGUCAAGAUAUCAGUAACGACGACUCGAACCAACAACGCGUACUGAUCGACUUCCAAGAAGUCAUUAACGUGGACGGGAGCACGGUGACACAUGAGAUUCUAGAGACGGAAGAGGUAGUUCCGGAGGGUAUAUCCGUGCAUACCAGUACUGGAAUCCAAAUUAUGGAAAUUGACGAUUCACAACAGGAAAUGUCGGAAGUUGUAGACGCCAUGGGCAAGGUAGAGGAACCCGACAUGGAAGUGUCGCAGAGUGACUCCUUGCCGCGUAUAGAGAUAACAGAGGUGGCUGAAAACGAGGAGGCAGAGGGUGUCAGUGAGGAUGACGCGAAAAAAAUUGAACCCGAUACAGAGGCGGUGUCGGAGGAUGAGCUGCCGAACGAGGCAGCAGCCAAGGAGCCUGAGACUGAGGCAGUGUCGGACGAAGAGUUACCGGUCGCCGCUCCCGCAGACUUGGGCGAAACAGAAUCGGUGUCUGAGGACGAAUUGCCACCGGACGGUGAUAAAAAGAGGAAGGCUGGGGCAAAGUCGACGAUCAAAACCGCGGACAAGAAAAUCAAAGCAGAGAGCGGAACCAAACGCAAAUUGAACGCCGAGGGAGAGUACGAUCCCAGCUCGCCGACGUCCGAGAACAACGACGAGACCCCGGCGAAAAAGGUCGCCUUGUCAAGCGAAACGGACGCGGGAGACAAACCAGAGAUAAAACCGGCGUCGCCGAAGAAGAAAACGUUACCCGAGUUAGAGAAGUAUUGGAAAGCUGUCAACGAGGAUCCAUCCGACUUCACGGGAUGGACGUACCUUUUGCAGUACGUUGAUCAAGAGAACGACGCGGAGGCUGCGCGCGAAGCUUACACCAAAUUCUUGGAGCGUUAUCCAUAUUGCUACGGUUACUGGAGAAAGUUCGCCGAUUACGAGAAGAAGAAGGGCAACCCGGAAAAUGUCCAAACGGUGUUCGACCAAGGCUUGAAAGCUAUUUCGCUAAGCGUCGACCUGUGGCUGCAUUACAUCAACCACUGUAGAACCGUCUACGAAAAGGACGAGGAGAAGCUCCGGGAGCAAUACGAGAGAGCCAUACAAGCUUGCGGGCUCGAAUUCAGAUCAGAUCGUCUCUGGGAGAGCUACAUUAAAUGGGAACUGGAUGGGAAACGUCUGAGCAGAGUGACAGCGCUGUACGACCGCUUACUGUCGACACCCACUCUCGGCUACAUCUCCCACUUCGAGGCCUUCCAAGAAUUCGUGUCGUCCAACCUGCCGAAUCGUAUCCUCAGCGUGGAUGACUUUCUCGCGUUACGCGCCGAGGUGAAGGCUCUUCUCAAGUCGGACGACGUCGCCCCGACAUCCGCCGCCGACGACGCGCCGCCCGGCGAGGAGCCCCCGCCGCACGAGGUGCCGCCUACCGACGAGGAGACGCGCGCCAUUCGGGAGAAGAUCAUCAGCAGCAGGCGCAAAAUGCACAAAGCAAAUGUUAACGCCGUGGCUGCGAGAUGGUCGUACGAGGAGGGAAUAAAGAGACCGUACUUCCACGUGAAACCACUGGAGCGGUGCCAAUUAAAGAACUGGAAGGAGUAUCUCGAUUUCGAGAUCGAGCAGAAGGAUCAGCAUCGGAUAGUCAUCCUAUUCGAGAGGUGUCUUAUAGCUUGCGCGCUUUAUGACGAGUUUUGGAUGCGAUUCGUGCGCUAUUUGGAAUCGUUGAAGGGAGAGAACACAGAAAAAAUCCGUGACGUGUACUCGAGAGCUUGCAUGGUGCAUCACCCGAAGAAACCGAAUCUGCAUCUGCAGUGGGCCAUCUUCGAGGAGGGCCAGGAUAACUUCGAGAAAGCCGCCGCCAUAUUAGAGAAUAUCGACAGUGUGUUACCGAACUUGCUGCAAGUGGCGUACCGACGGAUAAACUUGGAACGCCGUCGCGGCGACCUCGAGAAAGCGUGCACGUUAUACGAGAAUUACAUCGGCAACAGUAAGAACAGGACAAUCGCAAAUAAUAUUGCCGUCAAGUACGCACGGUUCCUGUGUAAAGUGAAGAACGACGUCGACAAGGCGAUUAAAGUGCUAAUGAAGGCCACAGACAAAGACAAAGACAAUCCUAGGCUAUACCUGCAGCUGAUAGACCUAGGCAUGCAACGAGCACCAGUAGACACUCAAGAAAUAGUAGGUUACAUGGAUAUGUUCAUAGAGAGGGAACACGCGGACCUUGAGCAAAGAGUGCUCUUCGCGCAGCGCAAGGUAGAAUUCUUGGAGGACUUCAGCCCCGAUAUCCGGCAAGUGCUGAAGGCCCACGAGCAAUUCCAGAAGUGCAUUAAGCAGGCGAAAGAGAGGAAGAAGACCAAGGGCGACGACACCAAAACCGAUUCUUCGCCUCCAAAGAAAGUCAAGACCGAUCAGUCGAACGUGCCACCUCCACCAUCGAUGGGCUCGCAGUCUUCAUACCAGUACAGCAGUGGCCCGAGCGGGCCGUACCAGUCGCAGCAACAGUUCCAGGGUGGACAAUACGGCGGUCAGGGUGGCUACCAGCAAGGCUAUCAGCAGUAUCCACCUCCGUCAGAUCCGAAUUACGCAAACUAUCAGAAUUGGCAGUACGGCCAGGGUGGACCACAGGCUUACGGACCUUAUAAUCAGUGGGGCUCUUACAAUUACUAUUAAUAUCGAUCACGUAAACAUCCCUAAGAACCAUGUUAGAAGACUAUGGUUAACUGUGUCUACUGUACAUUUUCUAGUGUUUUAUUCUGUCGAUUUGACGACUUAGAUAUCAAGAGGAAGCGAAGUUAUUAAUUGUCCAAGUACCUCGGUAUCCUGACGUGAGCGUGUGUGUUGUUGAUUAUUACAACGGCCUCUUUCUGUAUCAAAUACUUGGUGUCAUAUGCAUGAAUAUGUAUUAUCUGUAUCGAAUGAACUGUACACCACUAGCAGAAUUUCACUCCUUACAUAAUAUCGUUCUCAUAUAUCUCGUUCCAUUAAAAUCCCCGACUUAAUAAAUGAUAAUUUAUUAUAACUAUUGUUUUGAGAAAGAGACAAAAUUGUAAAAUGUCUUAUGAUAAAAUCAUAAGUUACGUUAGUCGUAUUUGUUAUAUAAAAAAAUACCAAAGACUUGGAAAAUUUAUUCAUGACAAAAUCUCAGGUGAAUAUUAAAUUUUCAAGAUAUCGAAAAAUUUUAUCGAAGCGAACAAGCGUAAAAUCUUGCUAGUGGUGUACAGAUUUCCUAGGAUUUCCAAUAUAUAUAAAUAUAUAUAUAUGUGUGUGUGUUCACUUCAAAGCGUUGAAUGUGAAAACGUGGGUUCAAUGGAUGAAUUAAACCCGCAAGAAUUAAUAAAGUUAUAGAUCCUGCAAUAAUUAUUGCAUAAUAUAUACGAAUUUCAACAACUUUCUAUAUCUUACGAUGCACUGCAACGUAUUAAUCGCAUUGCAAAUGACGUAUGCACUCGCAAAGUUUGUAUAAACCGUCGUAACAAAUCGCUGUUUGCUCUCCGUGAACAAGUUAUGAUCGUUCCGGAUCAUUAUCCGCUCGAUUUUUCUUUGUUAAAUUUCCCCACGUAAUGAUACUCGUCACCAUAAUCGAACGAGCUUAAUUAACUAGCGCAGGAUAUUCGAGGAUACCUUUUAUUAAUUAAUUGAAAAUCAUGUUCGUUAGUUUUCAUCAUUUGAAACUUGUGGUCAUUCAUUAACAACAAGCUUGUUACUUUGGCGCAUAAAACGAUAUUAAUCUCAUUUCAGUAAUGACUAUUAAUAAUUAUUAAUUAGAUCGCAACGUCUUUUAAUGAUUUUAAAAAAUAAACGUUUUCUGAAGUAUAAGUGACGUGAAAUGACAAAAUCACAAUAUAAUUUCAUGAUUAUUCAUUAUGUGUUUUUUAAAUAUUCCAAUUACUUACAUAUAUCUGCAUUAUUUGUGAUUGGAAAUUGAAUAAAUGAUUUAUUAUUAUAUAUAUAUAUAUAAAUCUUGCAGUUUGAGACAAGAUAAAAAUAUAAAACUUUGUAAAUUGAUUUCGAGUGCGAGUAAAGGGAUUUUAAUGACAUCAAUUGUUAGAUUUCAAAUGUUUACUCAAGUAUAUCAGACCUCGAAUAUAUUAAAUUGACAUGAUUUCGGGAAUUAGUACCAUUUUAUGUUGCGUACAGAUGUUUAUGUUCAAGUUUAUGUAAAGAUUGAACAUUUUCUCGCAUUUCGUUUACUUUCAUACAAUCUUUUUUGUUCUUAAAUUUUUUUUAUUAAGACAACUUUCUCAAAAACUUGCGAGUUAAAAUCGUGUAAUAAAAUCUAAGACAAAUGCUGGCUACGUCUAACAAACUUAAAACGAAAUACACAGGUAUAUUAGAAAUUUUCUAUCCUAAUUUUUUAUCAUUUAAGGAUAUGAUUAAAAUUUUGCGAAAUUAUUUAACAUUUUUCAGUGCUCUAGUUUCAGCGUAAUAACAAGUUUUUAAUUAUCUAUAUUAUAUCCUAGAAUAUUUUGGAAAACAUUAAUGACUUAUUGUAUAACGUAAUUUUGAACUUUUCAACAAAUGAGUAGAGGAUUGUCGUAAAUGACUGUGUUAAUUUCAUUUCAGUGGAAUAUGCGGAGAAAGAGAAUUAAAAUUUAAGAAAAAUUAAACAAUAUAUACCUAACCAGCUCUAGACUAUAUGCUUGUCAAAUACUUGCAAAAUCUAAGUAUCAAAUGCAUAUUAUAUAUGUACCCGUAUAUAUGAUGCGGAUUGGCAACAAAAUUAAGUCGGAGUAGUCGAAAAUUUGGCAGACAAACGAAUUUAGUUUCAAAAUCGACGUUAAGUUAGUAGAAAAAGAAUAUCUCUCUCACUCACUCUCUUUAUAUAUAUGUAUAAUGUAUAACUUCGUUUAGAACGAAUAUAAGUUAAUUGUCAUGAUAAACUUA